GGGAUGGAAACGAAAAAGACCGCUGCGCAGUAGAAAACACGAGGCUGGAACGUUUGGAAAUUUUUAAGAAAUAUUAAAUAAAAUAUUUGUAUGCGAUAAAAUACCAUCUGUCGUGCUCUUGAAAAUCUGUUGGAAUCUCUAUGAUUUCAUCUUUUAUUCCGAAAGAAGUGAAAGUCCUUCUCAAACGCAUUAGCAACCACAAAACUACAUAAAUCAUAAAUCAACAUUCUAAAUAACUCUAAAAACUGACUUACAGUGUGUUGAAAAUAGGGAAAUAAAUGCAAAUAUAAAAAAAAUUCCCUUGGAAAUACAUAUAAUCAAUCUAAAUAAAAAAGUGCUGAAAAAUCGGUGUUUAGAAAAAGAAUUUUUUAUCGAUCUAACUUUUGUAGAGUGUGUCAAAAAAAAAGUUAUCAUACAUUUCGACUGAAAUUUGUGUUACAAAAAUGUCCGAAUCUGCCGCCAUACAAAACUCCUCCGCGAGAAAUAAACAUUGCCCGCCGCCCCCAAGACGAAAUAGUAGCAGUGGUGGCGGCGGCGGAGACUCGGAAUAUCUUGAUAUAACCAAGGAGGAGUUUGCGCGUAUCGAAGAUGCUUUAAAAAAAGAAGAAUUUCGUAAAUUAUUUUUCGAAUAUUGUGAAGAGAUACAAUCUCCGGAAAAUCGUAAACUCUACGAAGCAGAAAUCAAACAGUUCGAAGCGGAACGCGGUGUCGACGUUCGUUUUAUAAAUCCAGAACCGGGAUUCGUGAUUAAAACCUCAGCCGAUGGGGUAACAAAGUGUUUUGUAAAUGUGGCGAAAAAUGCUGAAGUGGCGCGUCCAACAAAUGAGGUGUGUCUACACCCAGAAACGGGAAAUCGCGGUCUUAGCUGGGCCAUUCCGCUGGCUCAGGCACCACCACGUGAAGACGUGGAUGCAGAGAGCAAACGUUGUCGAGUGUACGAUGUGAUUUUCCAUCCGGAAGCAUUGUAUUUGUCACAACGAGAUUCCGCUUUCCGUAAGUGCCUCAUCGAUACGGCGCUGGACGCUGUAGAAAGGGAAUUCAAGGUAAAAUUAGAUCGCACGAACUUGAAAUUUCCGAAACUGCAAUUUAAGGGCAUGGCGCGGCCAAUUGUGAUACGAAAAUUAUCCAAAAAUGCUCCAUCGGAGUCGGCUGAACCACAUCCACUUGAUGACAUAUCGCCGGCGAGGCCUUCAGCUGAUGCCGACACACCUAAAUUAAUACCGAUGAAAACACAGAAUUCAACAACAAACCCCGAAUUCAACGUUCCCAAAUACGUCAUCAAGCAUCGUCGUGACAUUGAUCUCACCGAAUACACUUACGAACUGGAUGCUAAGCUGAGUGUGACGGUACCACGUGAGCUGGUCAUUGAGAUUGAGUUGCCUCUACUCAAGUCGACUGCCGAUUGCAAAUUAGACGUGACUGCCAAGUCAUUAUAUUUAUUGAGCGAACGCUCUGGUGCCAAGUAUCGCCUCAAUUUAGAUCUCCCUUAUGCUGUGAACGACAAACGCGGUCAGGCACGAUUCGAUACGGAUAAGCGACAGUUGGCUAUUACGCUGCCAGUUGUGCAGAAUAAUCCAAAAAAGCAACGCGCUAUGCACGAUACACUGUUUCAACUUAAUCGCGAGGACAGCGGCGUUGAGAGUGACAUUCGCGAAGAUGCAAAUUUGCAGACAAAUAGCGAAUCACCGGUUGAAGAGCUAAGUGAUGCGGUUGAGGAAAACAUCAACACCACAUCAGGAGACAAUGCAAACUCACUUGGAUCGUGCGUGCCUACUGGAGUAACACCACAAUUACCUUCGACGGUUAGUGUUCCAAGCAAUUUCCUCAAAAGCUCCAUUCAGUACCAGCUGCCCCCCAAAUUCGAUUGCAAUGUAUUAGACAACGUCAUGUCUUUGGUCCUACAUGUCCGCAAUGUGCAGCCGGAAUCAAUUGUAAUGCUCAAAAGUAUGAAGAGUGCACAUCUGCAGUUUUCCUCGAUUGGUAGCGGCUAUUAUCCCACACAUUACGCAUUUUACUUGCAACUACCCGAGGCCUGCAAUGCGCAAAUAUCCUCUUGCGAAGCUGAGGCUUGGGAAAAUAAUGUAGUACUGAAUCUCAAUUUAGCCACCUCCUGUGAGAGUAUACAAAACUACUUAGUCGGUAUCGAUGCCAGUGACCUGAAAGAGUACACCAUAAAGGGUAAAUUACAAAUAGGCUACAAGUGUCGACAAUCGCGUAAGAAGUCACCACCAACGCCACCGAUAUCACUUUCUUCCUCACUGGAUAUUUCGGUGGAACGUUCGGAAUGUGAGCGCUCUGUCGAAAUUGAAAUAAAGCCAACUAACGAAACUCAGUCCACUUGUACGGCCAACACAACCGAAGACGAGGAUGGGCUAUCCCAUGCAACCGAAGCGGCUCCGAAGAAAAUGAGUAAAAAACAAAAGAAGAAAAAUAAGAAACGCCGUUCUCUUUCCGAAUCUGUGUGCGAUGAUAUUAAAGUGUAUCAGAAACAGCAGCAACAACAGCAGGAACAGCAGAAACAAUUUCUAAAAGAGGCUUCCAAAACUAUAAACGGUGAUUCGUCCAACUCGCCGGAUGAAAACUCAUCACCAGAACGCUCCGACGUGAUUGCGCCCGCUUCGCAAACACAGUCGGUGGCUGUACCAAAUGGCAUGCAACAACGAAAGCAGCGAAGCUAUUCGGAGUGCCGUAGUGGCGAUAGCGUUGUGAGUAGCGGUGGCUCUACUCUACCUCCCUCUUUUAAGGGCAUUUUGAAACGCUACAGCCGCUAUGGACCGCGUCCGUCGAUUUCGGAUAGCUGUUCGUCUAUCGAUGAAUGCUCGUCGUUCUCGUGCUCUGUGGACGGUGGCGUGGGGAGCAGUUUGCGCUUCUCACAAUCAUUCAGCGACAUACCAGAGGAGAAUGUCUCCAAUGGACUUUCGGAGAGUUGCAAAAAGACUGUUAGAUUUAAUGAGGUUAUCAAGGAGCAAGUGUUUAGGCUAAAUUCUAGUAUUUUGGGGCAACGAAAGAAGAAUCAAAAACGUCGUGAUCGCAAACAGCGUGCUUUGCAGCGUCGCCUCAGCGAAGGCGAUUCCGCUGAUUAUGAAGACAACAGUAAGCCACUGGGCUUUGAGUCUCAUGCAACGUACUUCGCAUCGAAAUCCAGCGGCGGCGAUAAUGCCGACAACAACAGUAUUCAUAAGCCGACACAUGCUAGUGGCAAACAUGCCAACAAAUUCACUGCCAACAAACAGCAACACUUCGCAGCAAAGGGUGGCCACAAAUCGGCACGUUCACGUCUGGAGUCUCAGGAAUCGUCGGAUGCCGAUGCACACAAGAACGCUAUGAUGUUUGAAAUGGACAUGUAGUUCCAGUUUCAGUAGGAAUUUAUAGUAGUUGUGUAGUAAACACAAACACAAUCAUUAAGCAGCGACACACUUAUGUAAGUGGUGCGCAAUUACAAAAGCAACACAAACAAACCCACCCGUCAACCGUUAUCAUUGUUUCACACUUCUAACGAGCCGCCUACCUAGUAGCUAUAUAGCCGUGCAAGGAUUCGUUUAUGCAGAAAUUUGCACCACACACAUUUACAAUAUAUUAUUAUUUUUUCAAUAUUUGUAUGUAUAUUUACAAUUGAAUUUUGCCUUAAAUGUAUAACGUCAUUAAGUAAUUUGUAUGCUCAAAAUAUUUGGAACCGCUGCCCAUGCAUUAGAUAGAUAUAUAUGCACCAACAUUUUAAAUGUGGAUAAUUGCAUGCAAUAGAUUUUUUUUUAUGUUCAGAAUUGUUUGCAAUUUUUUAUUGUAAACAAUCAUGAUUAUACACUGAUUGAGAUAUUGUUCGAAUUGCUAUGAAAUUUUUAGCGUUUAAAGAAAUUGUAAAUUGGCUUUUUAUGGAUUAUUGCAGCACCUUUCACUCACAUUUGCAUGAGUGCCAUAAAAUUAUUAAAAUUAAUUAUUAAAUGUAAGGGAAAACAAAUCAGUGUUUACCUUACUUUAUUUAUUAAACAACAAAUCACAAAUUAUUAAUUGUACAUCUAUUGGCAAAAUUUUAUUUUGUAAUUUGUAAAAAAAAAAACAGUAAUGUAACAAUACUACCAUCAUCAUGGUGUGCAUUCGUACAUGAGUACAUAAUUAUGUACGUACAAGUUGUGACAUUUUUUAAUACAAUACAUGCAUGUUCCCUACGCUCGCUACAUGGGCUCGAUACAUUUUGUGCACUAAAUAUUACAAAAUGUUAAUAAAAUACUUGGAAAUUUUAAA